CGGGAGAGUUGGAAAGCCGUCGUCAGAUGCAGCUUUUCCCGCUGACUCAAACUCUGACCGCCCCCCCGGAGAUUUUGUAACUCUUUCCUGUUUGUCAUGACUUUUUGUGUCAGCGUGUAAACUGCUCAUGUUUUUCGGUUCGUGGUGUUUUGAUUCUCCAGCGGAGACCCUCCUGACUGACUGCCGGGUGUGCGUACAACGCUGCAGCGAAGAGGCGCCUCCUCCAUCUCCUCACUCAGUUGUGGAAAGAUACUCUCAGUCAGAAUGACCCAAAUGUCAGGAUUUGUGAGUUGAUAGCGCGCUACACUUGAGGCUCUUGACGCUGGAGUUCACGACUGGGAUGUCCUCCUGAGUUAAAUCUCACAUUUUGACAAAGGCUUUUCCGAGAAUUACCCACCUGACAACACACAAUGGCUUCCAAUAUAAUUGUGGAACAGCAGUUUUCUCACAAAUUCACAGUGACAGUUGUUCGAGCUGAGAGCGUCACCAAGGGAGCGCUGGGUGACCUGUUGGACACCCCAGAUCCAUAUGUGGAGCUGUACAUCCCGACAGCCCCAGAGAGCAGAAAGAGAACCAAGCACAUAGACAACGACAUCAACCCAAAAUGGGACGAGACCUUUCACUUCAUAUUAGACCCCAACCUGCAGAACGUCCUGGAGUUAACAUUAAUGGACGCCAACUAUGUGAUGGAUGAGACACUUGGGACGGCGUCCUUCGACAUCACCAAGCUCAGAGUGGGCCAAACAAAGACAGAGGCUUUCCUCAUUGGCAAAGCAACCAAAGUAUACUUGGAGAUGUCGCUGGAGAUCUGCACUAAACUGGACCUGCGGUUCAGCUUGGCCCUGUGUGACAAAGAGAAACAGUUCAGACAGACCCGCAGAGAGAGAGUGAUGCUGGGCAUCAAGAAGCUGCUGGACAUGGAGAAGCCUUGUUUCCUCCCCAGCUCUCCAAAGGAGGUUCCCGUAAUAGCUAUCGCAGGUUCCGGAGGCGGUUUCCGUGCCAUGGUCGGCUUCUCGGGUGUCAUGAAGGCCCUGUUUGAGUCCGGGGUUCUGGACUGUACCACGUACGUCGCCGGCCUCUCCGGGUCCACAUGGUACAUGUCCACUCUUUAUUCCCACCCCGACUUUCCAAAUAAAGGCCCGAUGGACAUCAACAAGGAGCUGAUGAAUAGAGUUAGCGGUAACCCCCUGAGGCUGCUGAUGCCCCAACACAUCACCAACUACAUCCAGGCCCUGUGGAGCAAAAAGGCCUUAGGGCAGCCUGUUACCUUCACCGAUAUCUUUGGUAUGCUCAUAGGAGAGACGCUUGUACCUGCGAGGAUGGACAUCAAGCUAAGUGAUAUCCAGGAGAAAAUAAACCAGGCACAAAGUCCGCUUCCUCUCUUCACGUGUCUGCAUGUCAAGCCAGAUGUCUCUGAGCUCAUGUUUGCAGACUGGGUGGAGUUCAGCCCGUAUGAAAUUGGAAUGGCAAAGUACGGCACCUUCAUGACCCCAGACCUGUUCGGGAGCAAGUUCUUCAUGGGAACCGCUGUGAAGAAAUACGAAGAGAACCCUCUUCAUUUUCUGAUGGGUGUGUGGGGAAGUGCUUUCUCCAUUCUUUUUAACAGAGUCCUGGGAAUUAAAGACACCGUUGGUGGCAGCACCAUGGAGGAGGAAUUAGAGCAGAUCAAACCUCAGCACAUUGUUGGAGAGGACAGCAUGGACAAUGAGGACGAGCUGCGAAAAGGUGGGAGAGAGAACCAGGAGGCAGAGGAUGAGUUUUAUCGCACCGCUAAGGCCAGCUGGGUCCAGCGAAUGAUAACAUCGCUCUUCAGUGACUCUUCAUUGUUCAACACAAGAGAAGGCAGAGCCGGAAAGGUGCAUAACUUCAUGCUGGGCUUGAACCUGAACACCAGUAUCCCUUUCUCUCCGGUCAAUGAGGUCACGAUUCACAGUCUUCCACCUGAGGAGGAGGUUGAUGCCGUCACAGACCCGGAUGAGUUUGAUCGCAUCUACGAGCCUCUGGAUGUGAAGAGUAAGAAGAUCCAUGUCGUGGACAGUGGUCUGACCUACAACCUGCCCUACCCUCUCAUCCUGCGGCCGCAGCGUGGCGUCAACCUCAUCAUCUCCUUCGACUUCUCUGCACGACCGAGUGACUCCAGCCCCCCAUUCAAAGAGCUGCUGCUUGCAGAAAAGUGGGCUCGAAUGAACAAGCUCCCAUUCCCCAAGAUCGACCCCAAAGUCUUUGAUCGUGAGGGCCUAAAGGAAUGCUACGUUUUCAAACCAAAGAAAGGAGAAAAGAACUGCCCGACUGUCAUCCACUUUGUCCUGGUCAACAUCAACUUCAGACAAUUCAAAGCGCCUGGUGUCCCCAGAGAGACUGAGGUGGAGAAAGAGUUGGCAGACUUCGACAUCUUUGACGACCCGGAAUCUCCUUUCUCCACUUUUAAUUUCCAGUACUCCAACAAUGCCUUCACCCGACUCCAUGACCUCAUGGAGUUCAACACUCUAAACAACCUGGAGGUGAUUAAAGAGGCCAUCAAGGACUGCAUCGUCUCUCGUAAGGAAAACCCCUCGUGCCUUUCCCAUCAGUUCUCCCUCAGCGAGAUCCCGAAGAAGAAGUUCCUCAGAAGAGAUCCUCACCCAAAACCUUGGAAACACUUUGAAAAUGAUAAACAGUAGCCUUGUUUGCUUGUUUGGCUAUAAAGUUGGAGACUGUGGGUCAGUGGACUUUAGGGAUUUUUUUUGUGUAGAUUCUACCUACUUAACGUAAAUCAUUUUCUUUUUGGAAAGUGCCAUCAUGUCGAUCUCCUCUCUGUGUGCUUUUAACCAGGAGUAUUUGUUCAACUCUGAUUUGUGUCGCUUAAAAACCGUAAUGUUUACUGUUAAAACACCUCAUGGCUACAUUCACGUGAAACAUCUUUUUUCAUCUGGUUUUAUUUGUACUGAUGUGACUGUGGCUGCUGCAGUGUACUGACCAUAAACAGCUGAUGGUUGUUGUGCCUGAGGGCUCUGGGGAAAGACUGGAUGUUGUAAACCUCUGCAGGGUGAUUGGGUUGUUACAGGUAACACCUGGCUCCAUCAUAAACUACACAAGACUGUGAAAUCUAUAUUUCAUUUUUUGAUUUUUACUGAGUUUUGAGAUAUUCUGUCUCUCGGCUCUCCGUGUUUGUAAUAAGCCUGCUCAUCCACCUCACUUUGGCGCAUCUUGUGAAAUAUCGACGCCAGCUACAACAUUCCUAAUUUAUGUGGACACCUCUUGGCUUUGGUUCAUGCUGCCUAGAGGGCAGCUGCAAAUGCAUCUUUCCGAUGAGUUUCGAAGCCGCCGCGCUGUUUAAGCUUUGUUAAUGCGCCGCAGAAAGCCUCACCUGUUCUGGAGCUGAACUCUCGUGUAUUGAUCGUGGCACUAGACCAUGCAAUUUUUUUUCUGUAUCUGUUUUUAAACCAGGAUGGCUCGUCUAAACAUGUAAUCCUGUUUGAAAACAUGGAAGAGGAGCUUGUAACCAUGGUUUUGUUUGAUGGCAACUCCUAAACACACCAAGUGCACCCCCUCUGGAUACCUCAAACAUUUCAGUGAUGUUUACUGGAAAGGAGCACUCCCUGCUCCCCUGGAGGGAGUGUCUCACAUUAAAGCUACUAUUUUGGUAAAAACAAAACUUGGCACAGUAGAAACGUCUGCUCUCUUUCCCCGUAUCUCACCAAGAGGUUGUGUUUAUUUCCCUGACCGUGUUGUUUCAGGCUGAUUUUUAGACAGUUCAAUGCUCCCGGGUCAUUUCGAAAAGCGGUUAGCUGUAGGACUCCUCCAAUGCCCCUGUAGGAUGAUGGAAAGCUCAGGCUGAAAAUGGUGGUUCUUUGCUGCACCCAGUGGAAUUUUACACACUACACCUACACCUGCAGCAGUGGAGACCUGGAAUCUGACACACUACACCUAUACCUGCAAGGGCCCGAAGGCUGCACACAGAACAGUGGAAUUUUACACUGAAGUGCUUCCGACUCCUAUAUACUCAAGUUUCAGCCCCACUGGUUUGCAAGAAUUUGAGAAAAUAAAGCGUUUCUGCAGGAUUUAUGACCAUAUUAGCGUUUUUUUUGCAACUGGUUCUUAUUGUGUGUCGUAUUUUUAUGUUUUUUUUUGUAAUCAUCAGCAAUCUCUUUAUGUUUUAUUUUUAGAAAUUAUUUGGGAAUAUGCUUUGUUACGUAUCUGCUUUCAUUUAUUUGUUACCAGUCUCUCAUCUGUGAGUGGAAGCCCACGUCAUGACAUCACGUCUGGGCUAGCCGCUGUUCCACAAGCUUCUUUAACUCGUUCCCUCUUUCAUUCAUAAUUAAGUGUGUUCCUGUCGUCAAAGAAAAAUUAACACCAAUCACAUCACAUAUGAAAAAAUUGAUUUUGAUGAUUCCAUUUUUUGGGGGGGAUUCACUGGUGCUCUCUUCUCAAGUCUCCAGUUAGCUACUUAAUUGACUCACUUAUUGAGUCACCUGGUUCUGUCGAAACCAUUCGCUGAAUACUAAGAUGAACGUCUCCACUUCCUCCCACUGUCCAGAAAUGAGGUCAAAAUAUCUUGGAGAUUGAAUAAGAACAACUUAAAAUGACACAAACUGUCUUUGAGAAACAAUUAUUUUAUGUUCACUUUGACUGUUUGGCCUAUGUCCCAUCCAUUAACAUGGAGGAGGCAGAUUCUACGACAGAACAUACUUAAAUGUCUGUUCAGCAAAAGAAGCGAUGAUCAUUUUAUGACUCCUGUUAAACUGUUAAACUUUAGUACGUACGUUUACUUGAGUGAACGUGAACUGAUACAUUUUAUGAUUUUUCGCGUUGUUUACAUAUGUAUGAAAUAUUAGUCAUCUCUAGAAAAAUCAAGAAUAGAAAAUAACAGAAAGGUCUCGAACUGUUUGUAUUAAAAGCAUGACACUCACAAUGUUUACGUGAAUAAAAGAAUCAAAUAAUAAA